AUGGCGUUUACUUUAUCUAUAGAUGUCGUUGCCGAGGCCAUUCUGGGCUACAUACCCAAAUAUCAAUCGCACCUCAAAGAAUUGAAAGAAGAUGGUUAUCAUGUCGUCGGCUAUUGUCGCAAAUCAAAAACGAAAGAGGAUGGUUCCUCGCGACAACGAUUAUUGCGGACAAUGACCGAUCGUCUUAAAGAACGGUCUCUGUGUGAACAUGUCUUUGUGUCAUCGCGUUCACCAGCGAGUCAACCAAUGCAAGCUAGAGAUCGUCAUUGUAGAUUUGAUAUUAACAUGCUAAGAAAUGCCUCUGGCAAUACGCAAGUGUGUCUUGUGGUUAUUGACUUCGCUGGUUUAACCACCAACGUGGAAGAUUUGAAAAUUUUCUGA